GUGCAUAGCGCAUAUUCCUCUCUCACCUCUUCUCAUGGGCUUAUGUGUCAUGUGCAUAUGCAAAAAGUAAACAAAACUGCAAGUGCAACCUCUCUUAUCACACUAUCAGCAGUAGCUUUGUUUACUUGCGCGCCUCUUGGCAUCCUUUUCAUUUCAAUUUUAUUAUUUAUUCAACUCAAAUAAAACUGAAAAAGCACCUACAUCGACAUCACCAACCAUGCAUGUGUAAUCUCUCUCAAAACUAUAUAGAAUCAUCAGAAAAAGCUCCAUGUCGGGGUAGAGUGCGCUAAGUGAGCGGUGUGCCAACGGUGCCGACUGCCGCCGCCGAGUCGAUUUUUGCUAAAAUUAAACAUUUGAGGCAAAGACUCGUAGCUGCUUGCAGGGUACUCGGGACAAGUGCUGCCGCUGUUCGUACGUAGCUGGCCAAAAAGAAGUCAUAAUUUAAACGCACAAAAACGAUUUAACGACACACAAAGCUAAAACAUAUCAACGCCAUCAUGGAUCCCGAAGCAUUUUUGGAUAUGGCCAACCAGGUCAUAAAGCUUAAAAUGUUUCCCUAUUUUGAUAUUGCACACAGUUUAUUAGCGGCAUUAGCUGUACGCGAAGAUUUGGGCGCCAAUUCACAAGUAUUCUCAAGGAAACAUCCGCUUGCGUGUUGGUUGUCAACAAUGUUGGUGAUCUUUUCCGGUGGAAUGGUUGCAAAUGGACUCUUAGGUGAGCCAAUUUUGGCGCCACUUAAAAAUACACCACAGCUAUUAGUCGGAACCGCAGUGUGGUAUUUGGUCUUCUAUACUCCAUUUGACAUUGGCUAUAAAGUGGGAAAAUUUCUGCCUAUAAAACUUGUAGCUAGUGCUAUGAAAGAGAUCUACCGGGCUAAAAAGAUAUAUGAUGGAGUUUCACAUGCAGCUAAAUUGUAUCCAAAUGCUUGGAUUAUAAUGAUCAUUAUUGGAACACUAAAAGGAAACGGGGCCGGAUUCACAAAACUUUUGGAGCGUCUUAUUCGAGGCGCUUGGACCCCAACUGCUAUGGAAUUCAUGCAGCCAUCAUUCUACACUAAAGCGUCAGUGGUUGCUUCAAUUAUCUUCGUUUUGGACAAAAAGACCGAUUGGAUCUCAGCGCCUCACGCUUUGGUCUACUUUGGUAUUGUAAUCUUCUUAGUGUACUUCAAGAUGUCAUCGAUUUUGCUAGGAAUCCAUGAUCCUUUCCUGCCAUUUGAAAAUUUGUUGUGUGCUAUCUUCUUCGGAGGCAUUUGGGAUAGUUUGGCAAAGAUUUUGGGUCGCGGCCAAGUAAAGGAGGGAGAUUCUAAAGACGUAAAGAAGACCAAUUAAUUUUAUUACUGACGAUUGAUUUUUUAAAACAAAGUGCAAUUCUUUUUCUUUAUAUUUAAUUUGGUUCUUCUUUAAAUUUAUUUUAUAUAAUUUUAAUAUUUUGUAUGUACAGCGCAGUCCUUGCCAGCUAUUAUAUGUAUUUUGUUUCUAUAUAAAAAAAUUAAGUUACUAGCCCACACAUUUUAUCAUAUCUAGUCAAAAAGUGUCACUCUUACUGCUGGGCAUUUUUAGUGGGUUAAGUGCCGAGCAGCGACAGUGACACUUUUUAUUUUAUUUUAAUGUUCGUAAAAAUUUUGUUUUCAUUAUAAUUGUAUUACUUUUUAUAUUUAUGCGUUUUUUCAAUUAAAUAUUUUAAUUUUUGUUAUUUGUAAAUUUGUACGAUAGUUGAAAAUAUUUCAAUUUGAAUUAAUUAUUAAGUAGCGAAACGAUAUUUUAUGAAUAAGCUCGACGUGUUUUUUUCUUUCGAAAGAUUAAACAACAACAACAAAAAAACAAGAACAAAAAAACAUAUUUUUAUCACACAAAUAUUAUUUUAUUGAUUUAAAAUUAUAUAUUCGAUUGUUUCGAAAAAUUGAUAAUAAAAUCAUGUAAACAAAUUUUUAUUAAAUAAAAAACA